AUGGAUUUUAAAGGAGACCUGGAGUUUUUGCUACAAGGGGUUUCGGAUUUUGACCUCCAGGGAGAUGGAGUUCCCUCUUUAGCCCUGGUCCAUGGUCCUCUCUCUUUUUCUAUCUGUACGACAGACAAUGGAGAGACCUUUCUGGCAGGGUCAUACUAUGGACGGGGACGUGUCAUUCUGGUCACUCAUGAGGCGUUUCUGCAAUAUGAGACACUGGCAUCAUUUUGGAAGAAUGCUUUUGAUUGGUUGGACCAAGGCAGAAGAGGAGUUGUUGGAUUUCAAUCAGGCAUUAAACCGUUACCCUACUUAGGGUUGACAUGUAAAACUACACAGUUAAACCAGGAGCUGAGUGUGUUUGUGUGCACAGCAUACACUGACACUGAUGCAAAGUUUAUCCAAAACUUUGUGGUGGAAGGAGGAGGCCUGGUGAUUGGUGGACAUGCCUGGUACUGGGCAUCAACACACAUCGGUCAAAACCCAAUGCAAGACUUCUCAGGCAACAAGAUCCUAAACAAAAUGGGAUUGAGCUUGCUCAAAGAACAUACAAGAGCAGGUGUCUACAAAGCUCCUGAUCCAAGCCAGGUCCAAAAAUUCCACAUCCGUAAUCUUGUGAACAGCUUUGCUGGUCAUGUUCUAGAGGACAAAGAACUCCCCAGGAAAAAUGACGAUCACCAUAAAAAGCUAGAAGAUUUUGCAUCAUUCUUGAAGAUGCAGGCUCACGACUGCUUCUCCUACAUAGAGAUUCUUUCCAUUUUGACUCACAUCUUGAAGAAAAGGGGGAUUCCACAGUUGUCGACCAAGCUUGUCCGGAGGGGAUGGGUGAUCCAGAUUGGAUGCCAAAGCGAUGUACUGAAGCAGGAGGAGUUAUGGAGAGCGCCAUGUGUCAUCAAGAGGUUCCCUGUUACAGCUGAAAGGAUGCAGGUGUGGAACAUGUGGGGAGGACUCAUCUACCUGCUGGCUCCACGUGAUGUAAAGGUGGAGGAGGAGGAAAUCGUGGUUCAGCAGGCUGUUUCUGCUCCUUAUUACAAGUCUGGGGUAACAACAGCAGCUGAUUGGUCCUCUCUGCGCCAAGCUCCGGCACCCUGGGCAGAGAUGGAGUUUGACAACAUCAUCCUCACUGUACCGUCGCACAUCGUUCGAGACCUGGAGAGCCCUCUGGAGGUGGGGAAAAUCUGGAAUGACAUCAUGAAGGGUGUUGCAGACCUGGCUGUCAUUCCACAGAAAUUCAUACGCAAGGAACGCAUUGUGGCUGAUGUGCAGAUUUCAGCUGGGUGGUUGCAUUCCGGCUAUCCUAUUAUGAUGCACUCUUCAAUAGGAGGUGAGCUGUUUAACCCAGAGGAUGCAAGAACCAAAGGUCUGUGGGGAGAAGUUCAUGAACUGGGACACAAUCAACAGAGAACCUGCUGGGAGUUUAGUCCCCACACUACAGAAGCCACAUGUAACCUUUGGUCAGUUUACGUGCAUGAGGAGGUGUUGGGACUCAACAGAGCAAAGGCUCAUCCCGAGAUGACCUCACAGAGUCGGAAGAAAUGGGUGGAGAAGUACGUUAAAGAGGGCAGGAAGCUCAGCAACUGGAAGGUUUGGACUGCUCUGGAGACAUACCUGCAGCUCCAGGAAAGGUUUGGCUGGGCUGUCUUUAAGAGAGUGUUUGCUCGCUAUCAUGACAUGAGGAACUUUCCUGUACACAACGAAGAAAAGAUGAACCUCUACGCCGAGACUUUCUCCAAAGCCACAGAGAUGAACCUGACUGGAUUCUUCAAAGCCUGGGGAUGGCCCAUCAAACCAGCCACUGAAGAGAAACUGUCCAGACUGCCUCCUUGGAUCGAUCACCCCAUGGCCCAAUAUUCCUAGAAAUCCAACUAGAUCGCACUCAGAGCUUAGUGACAUGGAUUAGUUGAUGAUAGAUCUUGAUUGUCUUGUUUUCCUAUUUUAAUGGUAGAAAUCUUUAAUAAUAAACAAGCUUGCAUAUCAUAUUGGAUAAACAAAUAUAUGUGAUUAUAUUUUUAAAGAUGGUGUAGGAGCCGUUUGUCCUUAAUUUAUCGCCACCAGGGGACGUACUUAAUUUUGAAUUUCCAAUUGUUUGAUGGGGGAUGGGAUUAUUUAAGGUCAAC